AUGAAUACUCUGGAUUUUUCAUUCACACUGUUUCUUCUAGUUUUGGCCUUAUUAUUCCAAACUUCACCUUCUUCUUCAUCAUCAUUGAGAAAGGGUUCCUCCCUCUCAGUUGAAAAUCCACAAGACACAAUCAUUUCACCAAAUGGAAUGUUCUCAGCUGGUUUUAUAGCCAUUGGUGAAAAUGCAUAUUCCUUUGCCAUAUGGUUCACAACACCAAAUUCAAUCAACCACAACAACACCAUUGUUUGGACUGCGAAUCGCGAUGAACCUGUUAAUGGAAAACGAUCAAAGCUCACCCUUUUAAACACAGGAAACAUUGUCUUGUUUGAUGUUUCUUUAAACAAUGUUUGGUCAUCAAACACUGAAUCAUUGGAACCAUUAGAGUUGCAUCUCAAUGAUGAUGGUAAUCUUGUGUUGCGUGAGCUUCAAGGAACAAGAAUUUUGUGGCAGAGUUUUGAUUCUCCAACAGAUACUCUCCUUCCUGGUCAAUCUCUUACAAGAUAUACAAUCCUAGUUGCUUCAAGAAGUGAGAGUAAUCAUUCUUCUGGCUUCUACAAGUUCUUUUUUGAUGAUUCAAAUGUUCUUGGUCUUCAUUAUGAUGGCCCUGAUGUUUCUAGCUCCUAUUGGCCAAAACCAUGGCUUCUAAGUAUACAAGUUGGCAGGGCUAAUUUCAAUGGUAGCAGAAUUGCAAUGUUGGAUUCUUUUGGAGUUUUCUAUUCAUCUGAUAAUUUCACUUUUAUGACUUCUGAUUAUGGAACUGUUCUACAAAGAAGAAUGAAAUUGGAUUGUGAUGGUAAUGUAAGAGUGUAUAGUAGAAUUAAUGUGUCACAAGAUUGGUAUGUUUCAUGGCAAGCAAUUUCUGGUGCAUGUAUAGCUCAUGGAAUUUGUGGAGAUAAUAGUACAUGUAGUUAUAGUCCUAAGCAUGGAAGAAAAUGUUCUUGUUUGCCAGGGUAUAAAGUGAAGAACUCAAGUGACUGGUCUAAUGGUUGUGAACCUAUGUUUGAUUUCACUUGCAAUAAAAGUGAGUCUACUUUUUUAGAAAUGAAGAAUGUUGAGUUUUAUGGCUAUGACAUUCAUUAUGUUCAAAUUAGUAACUAUAGUGCUUGUGAGAGUUUAUGCUUACAAGAUUGUAAUUGUAAAGGCUUUCAACACUCAUUUGUGGAGUUAAAAGGAUUUUACAAGUGCUACACAAAAACACAAUUGCGAAACGGAAGGCUUUCGCCGUUCUUCGUAGGAACAUCCUACUUGAGAUUGCCUAAAGGUAAUAGCUUCUUUGAACAAGAAUCUUCCAAUCCAAGUGAUCAUGUUAGUUCAGUGAAACUUCAAAGAGUUUUUGUUAGAGUAAGGGAAAAUCAUUUUGUGAAGAUUUUUCUUUGGUUUGCUACCGCAAUUGGAGCUUUGGAAAUGGUUUGCAUUUUCGUCGUUUGGUGUUGCCUGAUGAGGACGCACCAGAAGACUAAUGCAGACCAACACGACUACCAUUUAGCAGCAUUAGGAUUUAGAAAAUUCAGUUACUUAGAGUUAAAGAAAGCAACAAAAGGGUUUAGUGAAGAGAUUGGAAGGGGUGGAGGAGGUGUUGUAUACAAAGGACUAUUAUCUGAUCAAAGACAUGCUGCAAUAAAGAAACUUCACAAUCACAAUGCUAAACAAGGAGAAGGUGAAUUUCUUGCUGAAAUAGCCAUCAUUGGAAGGCUUAAUCACAUGAAUUUGAUUGAAAUGUGGGGAUAUUGUGCUGAAGGAAAACAUAGAUUAUUGGUGUAUGAGUACAUGGAAAACGGUUCUUUAGCUAAAAAUCUAUCAUCUAACACACUUGAUUGGAGCAAAAGGUAUAAAAUUGCUUUUGCAAUAGCAAGAGUGUUAGCAUAUCUACAUGAAGAAUGUUUAGAGUGGAUUUUGCAUUGUGAUAUAAAGCCACAAAACAUACUUCUUGACUCUAACUUGCAUCCCAAGUUAGCAGAUUUUGGAUUGUCAAAGCUGAAAAACAGGAACACAAUCAACACUAAUUCAAGUUUCUCUAUGAUUAGAGGAACAAGAGGGUAUAUGGCACCUGAAUGGAUUUUCAAUUUUCCAAUAACAUCUAAAGUGGAUGUUUAUAGCUAUGGAAUUGUUGUGUUGGAAAUGAUAACUGGAAAAAGUCCAACUAUAGGUAUCAAAAAUUUUAAUGAAGAAGAGGUGUGUGAUGGGAGGCUUGUUACAUGGGUGAGGGACAAAAUGAAUAGCUUAUCUUGGUUGGAGGAAAUUGUUGAUCCUCAAAUUGGAUCAAAUUAUGAUAAAAUUAAGAUGGAGGUUUUGACUAAAGUUGCUUUGGAUUGUGUUCUGGAAGAUAGAGAUUCAAGGCCUACCAUGAGCAAAGUAGUUGAGAUGCUUCAAAACUAUGCUUAGUGAUGCUUCAAUACUAUUUUUUAUUGUUAUGUU